AACUGCUUGAAAUGGAACCUCCCUUUGAUAUAAGUAAUCUCAUUGAGCAAAUGUACAAGGAAAUAAAAUCUUUGGAAGUAACUGUUAACCAAGGCAAUCUUGACAUACAGACAGAGGAAUGUGCAAUUAACCUGUGGAACUGGGGAGUCACUAAGAAAUCUGAAGAUUCUAUCACAAAAAAGGAACAAGCUAUGGUGCGGCAUAUAUCAUGCAGGCUUGGCUACUGGUGUCAAGGUUUGGAGCCAUCUGAAGAAAUUGUGGAGAGAAACAUUUUGAUGGCUAUGAAGACUGGAAAAGGCUGGAUAGAUGCUGGGACACCUGAAACUGGAACUGAAUUUCUUGAAAUUGCACUAAAUAAUUUGGAAAAAUUGUAUUCCAUGAUGACUCAAAGGGGCACCCAAGAGACAGAUGUGAACUUGCAUAAAGCCUAUGUGGAACGGGAUAUUUUUAAAGUGUUAACAUAUCAGGUUGAAGCUGCAGUGUAUCUGGAAAAUUUUGAAUUGGCUUCACGUUUGAUUCAAAGAUGCAAAGAUAUGUUACAGAGACAACCAAAUAAGGCUUCAUACCUGUCUAUACUGUGCUAUAACUUUGGAGUAGAAAUGUAUGAAAAGAAGUUUUUUGAUCAAAGUUCCUUUUGGUUAAGCCAGAGUUAUGAGAUUGGGAAGACAGAUGAGAGAUAUAAAACUGGACAUGAAAUGCAGGCCAAAGUUCUUAGAUUACUUGCUACAGUCUAUCUGGAAUGGGACUGCAGAAUUCACAAUGACAAAGCACUUAAUGCCAUUCGAUUAGCUAAUGAGGAACACUUGCAUCCAUCUGGUCUUUUUCUGAAAAUGAAAAUCCUUCUCCAUUGCUCUUUGCCUGAUGAUGUCAUCAGCAUGGCCACCGUAGAGAUGCUGUGCCAUGAACUGUCAUUGGAUAUUUACCUGAACACAGUUAAACUACUUAUGAAGCACAAUAGGAAUUCUGUUGGAUUUGAUUUCCUCAAAAUGGUCUGUAAUCACUUUGAACAAUCUCCUGAUAUUGGGAAGGCUCUACUUCUGCAAAUUGAAAUUUUACUGAAGAAGGGGAAAGAAUUUCUUGCACGACAAAAAGUGGAAGAUUUAAUCACAGGGCACUACACAGGAAAACAACUGCCUGUAGACAUGUUGAACCAUUUGCAUCUUAUCUUGUGGGAUUGUGCAACCAAAAGUUUUGAGUCCAAAAACUAUUCUGAGGCAUUGCAAUGGUACAACUAUUCUCUAAGUUUUUAUGCUGCAAAUCAUAAUGAUCCCAAUCUUGCUAAACUUCAGAGGAAUCGGGCCUCCUGUUUUCUAUACCUUAACGAGCCAUUAAAGGCAAAGGAAGCUGUAAUUGCAGCUGAGAAGUGUGAAAAAGGCAGCAUCUUCACUCAAUUCAUCUCAUAUAAAAUUGCAAUUAAAGAGAAUGAUGUCUUAGAAGCUACAAAUGCUAUCUCAGCUAUGGGAAAUAUGGCAAAUCAGACUGACAUGGAUAUGCUUUUGGAGGAAAACUGUUCAGCAAUAGAUCUGCUCAGCUUAGCAGCACAAAUAGCUCUAGACGCCAAUAAGAAGAAUGUGUCUAUUAAAGCUCUGGAGUGUGUGGUUGAACAUUGUGAAGACCCAGAUAAAUUGUUCACUCCACUCAGGGGCUCAGAUCUUGUACGGACUGACAACAACCCCCUGGCUCAUCUAGACACUGCCAAGCUUGGAGCCCUGGAGCAACGUUGGGCAGCUCACCUCACAACCAGAGGCCUACAGUACUGCCUGGUCAUGAUUGACCACUUCUCCAAGUUUGCAGUGGUCACUCCAACUCAGGACCAGAUGGCUGAGUCCGCAGCUCGGGCUGUCUGUCAAGACUUCAUCCAGGUCUAUGGGUGUCCAAAGCGGAUUCACUCAGAUCAAGGAGCGUGUUUUCAAGGGAAAGUGAUCGAGGAGCUACAGCAACUGUAUGGCAUUGAAAAAUCCAGGAAAACCCCAUAUCAGCUCCAAGGGAAUGGGGCCUGCGAGCGCUUUAACCGGACAACGAUUCAAAUGCUGAGGACACUUGAGAAAGAUAAGAAGACACACUGGCCUGACUACCUACCAGAAUUGGUCUGGAUCUACAAUAAUCAGGUCCACACGACCACCGGUUACACCCCAUACAUGUUACUGUUCGGAAGAGUUGGUUGGGAAAUCGUUGAAUUGAACCUAGAACAACCAGGGGACCUAGUAGAACGAUCGACCACCUCAUGGGUGAAAGAACACCGUCAGCGGCUCCAGACCAUCCGUUGGUUAGCAGAACUUAUUAUCCCCGAUGAAAUUGAUAGUGAAGACUGGUGGACCGUUCAUAACACUGAGGAAAGUUCCCCGGCCGCAGCAGCAGCAGGACAUCGGCUGCUCUGGUCUAUGGAGAAGGUGGUGUCACAAGGUGCCGAAGGAAGGUUCCCCCUAUUCACCGUCAUCAGCGUUCUGCUGUUCAUACGGAGCAAGGACGUGCGCUACGCCCUCGUCUCCACAGCAACGAGGGACUGGGAGGAUCUGGCCGCUGCGUAUUCCCUUGGCGCAGUCAGCGUCCUUCGCGUCCAUGGCAACUGUGCUUACAAGAAGCUUAAAGAUCCUCUGAUCUGGAAGGAGAGGCAUGAACAACGAAUCACAGAGGCUCAAUGGUUUAGGAAAAUUGCUUGGAAUUUGGCUGUACAAACUGAGGACUCCCCACUAAUGAUGAAAGACUGCUUUCUUCUUUCUUACAAGAUUUCCUUGCACUGCCCUUGUGACAGGACAGUGCUAGUAGCUCAAAAGUCAUGUUUAUUAAUGGCGGCAUCAGUUGACCUCGAAAUGGCUAGAAAUGCCACUUGCCACUCUGAACAGGUUCAGCUGCUAACUAAAUCACUGGAGAAUAUUAAACUGUGUCGAGAGGUUUGGAUUAUUUUACAGUCUACUGGUACGGUAUUUUAUAACCCUACUGAGAUCAUUUUGCUUCUUUUUGAGUUCGAAGUAAGAGCAAAAUUAAAUGAUCCAGGGCUGGAGACUGUAUUGGAGUCAGUGUGGAAUUUGUCUAGCCUGGACACUAAAACAUUGGAAUCUAUUGCAUCUCUAUCAAUGGAAGCUCCAGCAUAUUAUCCAUCAAUUUGCAAGAAAGUAUUAUUGGCUGCUUUAAAUCUGUAUAAGAAGCAUGACUCAUUGAAUGUCUACAGAAUAAGUAAAUGCCUACAUAGUCUAAUAAAGUUGACCUUACCUGAAAGGCCUGUGGAGCUAGAAAAUUGUGACAAAAAGGAAGCAUGGCAGUAUUAUCAAGAGGCACUUACCAUUAUUUCCACUUAUGAAAAUUAUCCAGGGGCUGAAAUCCUAUGGCUGAUGACUCACGCAUGGAACACAGGGAUUUACCAGUAUGGUGAAGGGAAAUACUCAGAUGCUGCACGCUGGUGUUCACUAGCACUAUCUUUUCUAAGUUAUUUGGGAUCCUUGAAGGGCAGUUAUGAAAGUAAGGUAUGUGGACAAAUUAAGGGGAGCAGAUUAUGA